GAACUCCCAAAGGGAGUGUGUGUAUUUCCUCCCGUUCUUUAUCAGAGCCCCCGAAAUAAGUGGGAAUGGGCAGUGGCUGCUCACACUCCGCGCACCUUUUCCAUUUGCUAAUAAGGCCCUGCCAGGCUGGAAGGGAGUUGUCCCUGUCUGACUCUGGAGAAAAGCGCCACUGAGACGAUCCACAAGACGAUCCACGAGCACCAUGAAACUCAUUCAAGUGACCAUCCUUUGUCUUCUUCUGCCCAGUCUUUGUAGCAGUAACAACAACACAGAUGUUGGAAGUAUAGUCCCUCAAGGAUUACCAUCAGCAACAGCUCCUUCAGCAACUUCAUCUGUACCAACAACCACCACAAUGAACACUACUGUUACAGGAUCGACGAGUAAAAUGUCUAUAGGAACAACCAGAGAGAAACUCUCAAGUACAUCUUUGCAGCCAACACAUACUUCGUUAACGGCAACACUUAAAAGUGGAGGAGCCACAACCAGUGUCAUCACGAAGAUUGAGGUAACUGUCACAAAUGCAACAGUGACAAAGAUUCCACUUUCAAAUGUUUCUUCAACAUUACAAAGUUCCCAACACAAGACUGAGAAUCAGAGUUCAAUCAAAACAGCAGGAACACCAGGGGAAAGCUCUCUACCUCCGGAAGGGUCAACUUCUCAUACCAGUACAUUACCCUCAGUCUCAGUAACAAUGCCAGGAAACAACUCCCAGUUUCAAGGUACUGAAGAUGCAAAAAACGCAAGCUCUUCUUCAGCCAACCCCUCUUACUCCAGUAUUAUUUUGCCAGUGGUGAUUGCUUUGAUUGUAGUGACACUUUCUGCAUUUGUUCUUGUGGGUUUGUAUCGAAUGUGCUGGAAGACAGACCCAGGCACACCGGAAAAUGGAAAUGACCAACCUCAGUCCGAUAAAGAGAGUGUGAAGCUUCUCACUGUUAAGACGAUUUCUCAUGAGUCUGGUGAGCACUCUGCACAAGGAAAAUCCAAGAACUGACAGCUUGAUGAAUCCUCCCCACACCUGGGCAAUAAAUAUGCUUAAUCUUCAGCUUCUAUGCUCCAGGGAUAAGAAGGGAUAUUCAAUUUGUGGACGCAAUCCUGACUUCCAUUCCUGCUCUCCAGUCUGUGCCAGUCACCUGUCCCAAUAAAGUGAUGUCCAGAUGACAUGCAAUAAUUUUAGAGAAUCACAUAGAAGCCUGGGCCUCUCCCAUCAUUUGAGAAGUGAAAAAGCACAUUCUUACAUUUUACAGGAAUAUUCUUAGGAGAUCGAGUUUUAGGAAGGACAUUUGUGAGCAGUUAUCCUGACAGCCUAGGCAGGUGGGUUCAUGAUGGCAUGACCUUCGAGUUUAAAGUUGCCAGAGCCAACAGUUCUUAUCCAUGGAGACUUUCCUAUUUUCUUGGUGUUCUUAUAUUACCUGACGUUUGUAUUUAUUGUUUUGUACUAUGUUAAUGCAGGGACAAUUUGCAAGUGUAUUAUUAAAUAUUAGGUAGAAAUCAUGCCAUGCCACUUUGUACAUAAAGAUACUUUAUUUGUAUUUUCAUGUGUUACUUUUAAUAAAUAUUUACUAUAUUCAACUCACUAAAAA